AUGACGCAAACUGAAAGUUGGUACAGACUGUCCAAAGAUGUCAGGAAGGAUGGGAAGAGAACAAAAAGACUGUCCAAAGAUGUCAGGAAGGAUGGAAAGAGAACAAAAAGACAAGUUAGAAACAAGGCCAAAAGUAAGAGAAGUAAGGAUAGGAGGGAGACCGUAGAAAUUACCUGGUCUCACAAGAAAAGAAUGGUCGAGCAACAAAAAUGGUUACCCAACGAGAGUAGUCGAAACUGGAAAUGGCUUGCAGGACUCUUUUUCAUUUCUCAACCUCUGCACCACCAAAAUCAAGCCCUUUAUUUGCUUCCGUCGAGAACUGCAGCCGCCGCUGGAUUUUCUAGCCUGAACUCAAGCUAUGGAUUUUGUAGAAGCCGCUUUAGGGCUCGCGAUUUCCACUUCGUGACCCCAAGCCACCUCAAGUGUUCUGCCUCUGCUGGUGAUAAUACCUUAGCUUCCGAGGAUGACCAGGACCAGGGGCCGCCCCAAGAAGCUGUUCUCAAAGCUAUUUCAGGGGUGUCUAAGACGGAAGGGAGGGUUGGGCAGACCAUAAACGGGAUCAUUGGAGGCACAGUGACGGAUGAUUCUACUAACGAAUGGCUUGCUUUGGAUCAGAAGGUAAAUUCAUACCCAACAAUUAGAGGGUUUACAGCUAUUGGAACUGGAGGCGAUGAUUUUGUGCAAGCUAUGGUUGUUGCUGUUGGAUCUGUAAUUCAGCAACCUAUUCCUGAGGGUCAUGUGAAGCAGAAAGUAUCAUCGAGGGGGAAGUAUGUAUCUGUCAACAUUGGUCCAGUUCAAGUUGUUUCAAGUGAACAGGUUCAAGCUGUAUACAAUGCCAUGAGGAGAGAUGAUCGGAUGAAGUACUUUUUGUAGUAGAAACUUUCUUUUUGUUAUGUAUAGAGUACUGGUCAUGUGGGGUUUUUUUACAGUUUCCCUCUCUCCCAAUAUUUUCUUUACCGUCCCUUAGUCAUGUUCUUUGAUUAACGCAUCUGUUCCUGGUGAAGAAAUCAUGAUUCAAUAUGGUCUGUUUCAUACCCUACAAAAGAUGUAUAUUAUAGUGAUUUAAUAAAAGUAGGCUGCAAAUUAAUCUAUUCA